UUUAUAGUUUCAUAAUUUUAUGUGCUUAUUACCAGGCUUAAAGGUGGUUGAACUGUUUUUGUUAACAGGGACAAAAGAACUCAAACUAUUUCAUCAAAAAUUAUAUGCAAGAUUAGAAAAUAAUGUGUUUAACACAUUCAUCAUUUACCUGUCAAUAACUCAAAUUAUUAUUUGUCUGGUAGAUAAUUAGUUGGUUUUAGGCCAGUAUCUGCUUUACAAUUUAAAGAGUGGUGUCAACAUCUACCGGUAUUCUAUUUUGCAGUUCAUUGGUUAAAGGCACUGCCAGCGGAGAAACUGCAAAAUAGAUGAUUGUUGACAGCCACACACAUCACUGUUAUUCAGCCUCUUUAUCAAUCACCUUGGCUCCUUAUUGGAAUCUUUAGAGUUCCUACUGUUCGCUAAUGAUUUGAAGAUUUCUCAGUGGAUUUCCUCCUUUCAAGAUCAGUUAGUGAGUGACUUCAGAGAGUGUUUUCCAGGGGUAUGGUAAAUGAAAUAUCAUUAAAUAUUGAGAAAUGUGGGUUUAUAAAGUUUACUUGUUCAACGGUCUCUUCUCCUUGAAGCAGCUUGAUGCAGUCAAGGAUUUGGUUGUCUUUUUGUAUGGAAGUCUGACUUUCUCCUAUCACAUUGAACAUAGUAUAAAUAGACCUAGUAAGCUGCUUUGAUUUUGUCAAAAGAUCUUAGAAAGACUUUGAAUGGGUCAGAAUUUUAUUCUAUUGUAUCUUAAAUUCUCCAAUAUAAUCGGGUCACCUCAUUUUCUGAGCCAUAUUGAAAGGUUUAAAAAUUUUCAGCACAAAUUCAUCCAGUAUCACAUAAUUGAAUCCAGCCAUAUGCAAUAUUAUUUGCUUCUUCAAGCAUAGAAAUGCUACAAGAUUUGCAUAUGCCUUGUACAAUACACCUCUGUCAUAUGUGACAACAAUUGAAGCGUUUGGAUGAAUAACAGUCUAUGUUACAAAUGAUCAAAAAUUGAGUUUUGGUUUGAAUAACGAUCUAUGGUGUGUAUAGAUUCCACUAAUUAUUAUAGUUUGUUGAUAUACCAAUAGAUGAGGCGAGUAUGCCAAUAUGGCGAGUGUAAAAAUAAAGUUUCAAUCCGAACAGCAGUCUAUGUGACAUCAACUUUGAGUACGGUUGAGUUGGUACCCAACCCAACCCAAUGAUUCUGUUUUUAUGGUUCAGUGCGAAUAGUUAUCGUUUGUUUACAUUGUAGUGUGUGUAGUUUAUUUAGAUUAUGGAAAAUGGGAUAGAAAGAUCCAAUACUGUUCAGUUUUCACCUACUGAUAUUCGAAGACUCAAUAAAUCAAAAAGAAAUACCAGGCAGAUAAAUGCAGAAACUUGGAAGGAUGUGUCUAGAAAAAAUCGCAGAGAUGCGGGUCUCGAAUACAUGACAAGGAAGACAAAAACAUUAGUUCCUGCUAAGACCGCUCCUACAAAUGUAAACAUAUGCAGCAAAUCUUGUAAGCAAAUGUGCUCACAUUUCACCCUUGAUAUGAGAAAAGAUCUCUUAAAGUUCUUCUAUUCACAUUCGUAUGCUGAGCAGUCGGCAUUUUUAACAAAAUGUAUCAGAAUGGAGGAGCCAAAAAGAAGAAGAGCUGGAAAAACAGAUGCUACAUCGUUAAAGUUGUGCACUUUCACGUAUUUUAUAAAUAACAAGAAAGUAUGCAAAACUACGUUACUCGACGUGUUCAAAAUCACUCAUAGACGAAUCCAAACUUUACAAGAUAAACUCAAACUCGAUGUUCAUGUUCCUUUAGAUCAGAGAGGCAAGCAUCAUAAUAGACCAAAGGCGAUUCUACACGAGAGUAGGAACUUGGUUAUGGAACAUAUUAACAAAUUUCCAAGGCAAGAGUCACACUAUUCUCGUGGUAAAACACAGAAAGAAUACUUGAGUCCUGAUCUAAAUUUGUCAAAAAUGUAUAGAUGUUUCCAAACUGAAUAUCCUAAUGUUGCUGUAAGUAAAACGUAUUAUGACACAGUUUUUAAGCAAAUGAAUUUGCGUCUUGGUGCUCUUAGAUCAGAUACGUGUAAAAUAUGCGAUGAAUUCUAUAUACAACUAGCUUCUGCAAAAUCAGAGGAUGAAAGGAAGAAAAUACAACAGGAAAGUGACUUACAUCAAAGUAGAGCCUCUAUGGGAUAUCAAGAACUUAAAGCGGACAUAGUUAAAUCUAAAGUAAAUAACUCAUCUACUAUCGUCCUUUGUGUUGAUAUGCAGCAGGUUCUAUUUUGCCUGACAUUAUCCCACUCAGAUAUAUUCUACCAAAGGCAACUUAGCUGCUAUAACUUUGCUAUACAUAAUAUGGGAACUAGCAAAGUGGCAAUGCACUUAUGGUACGAGUGCAUCGCAGGAAGAGGCUCUACAGAAAUAGCAUCUUGCAUAAUCAAAUAUGUUACAAUGAACUAUAGCCAGUUAAUAGAUGGAGAAGAACGCAAGUUAAUUGUUUGGUCUGAUCAUUGUGUAGGACCAAGUAAUAACUGGAGGAUAUUAAACACCUACUGCUAUCUUGCAAAAUGUGGAUACUUUACCGAGAUUAACCAAAAGUUUCUCUCCUCGGGUCACAGUUUUCUGCCUUGUGAUCGAGAUUUUGCCAUAAUCGAGAAAGCAAAGAAAAGUGCAUAGGUACCCUCUGAGUGGAAAUAUAUUAUUGCUGACGCUAAAGUGAAUGAACCUUUUGAGGUUAUAGAAAUGAGCCAAAAUGAUUUUAAAGACCUAACAUCUAUUGAAAAACACCUACCAAAAAAUAGAAGUUCCUCAAAAUUACAAGUGACAAAGUACCUCUGGAUGAAAUAUGACCUUGAUGAUCCCUACACUAUUUACGGUCGAGCAAGUCAUAACGUCAUAAGACCCUGGGAGUCAUUUAGGAUUUUUAAAGAAAAUUGGGAAGCUAUAACAAAGCCUGCAGAUUUACAACCAGUGUACAAUGCACCAUUGCCCAUUACGAAAAAUAAAAAAAAAGAUUUAAUAAAAAUGAUUCCAUAUAUGAAUAGUCAAUAUGCAGACUUUUAUAGAGCACUACCAGAGCACUGAUUUCUAUUUGUUUUUCAUUAUUGAAAUCUGUUCUUUUGAUUAUUUCAAAAAUACUUUAACUUACACAAUUAAAAUAACAUGUAAUAAUGUUUGUUUAUUAAAUUUUUU